UUUUUUUUCAUCGCAUAUCAAUUUAUCCAUCUGGGUUGUCUUCAUUUUGCAAUUCUGGAUUGUGGGUUGGUUGUUGGGUUGGGAUUCGAGGUGGGGGUGGUGGAGGUGGAGGGUGUAGGGUAGAGACAGUUUCAUCAGCGACUACUUGGUGAGGCUACUGCUGAUAAUGCAAAAAUUUUCAUCAGGGACAAAGGUUCUGUAUUUGGAAACUUGCUUCCAGUAGUGUCUAGCUGGGUUGGUUGAUUUAGACUUGAAUUCUCUGUAUUCAGAAGUCAGGUGACUUGUGUCGUUUGUAGCAUUACCACCACUUUGUAAAAUAGUUACUUUUUGCUCAACAAGCAGGGACACCUCUGUUUUCUAAACAUAUUCUUUUAGUUUUCACUUUUCUGUGAAGUGUUGUGUUUGGAGAUAAUUGUCAAUUGCUUCCUUAUUGAUACAGUAGAAAGUACAAAAACAAUCUGAAUUCCUUUGUUCAUAAAUAAUGUGAUGCUUCUAUGUUUUGUUCUCAAAUGGGUUUGUAUAUUUUCUUGCUACAUGUUUUCAUUUUCUGGAUUGAAAGUUCUGUUCAUUUCUGAUCUCAAGUACUUUCAGCACUGUAAGAUUCAAUUCAAAUGUGUCAUACUAAACCAUAAUAAAAGCAGUGAUAUAUUUAUAUCCAUAAUCUUUGCCAUAGUUUGAAGAGUAUCAUUUUUCUGUCUCAUGUGAUAUUUUUGCUUCCACAAACUUUUCCAGAAGGUUAUCCCUUUCUGAAUAAACAUAUGGUCCAUUGCCAAUGAUAUAAAAUGCUUCAAUCACUGAAUCUUUUAUAAUCUAUCAUUAAAUGAUUGUUAGCAUUUCUCUCCAUAUUUCUCAAACAUCACACCUUUGUCCCGGACUGAUUGGAUACUCAAUGCAGAAUUUGGGUCUGGUCUAGUUGUGUUCUUUUAAAUUCUGCUUAUUUUACUAUUCUCUAAUUUACUUUUUUCUAAUGACUUGUCUGAUGGGCUCUAGCUUGUUCAAUUGAGAUUAAUUGUCUUUAUGACUAAAGGAGAGUCAUCAUCAUCAUCAUCAAUUCUAGAUGAUGAUUUUGAGGUUGUUGAGAAAUGUGAACAAGGUCAAAUCUUGCCCAGGUUCCACAAUAUUCCUGGCUCCGCCACUGUUUCUAACGUGAUUCAGUUCCUUCCAGAAUGGCUUCCGCAAUCUUCAGAACCUUCCAAGUUCACCCCUUUCUACUUUGUCCAGCAUUAUUUCUCAGAAGAACAAAUGGGGUUUUGCGCUGCGCAUCGUCACAAUCCCAAACAGAGACCCAACAGCGGCAGCAGCACCCACCACAAACCAAGGUUUCAACCCAGUCCAAGAAGCUUGACAAAAUCCCAAAAGACUAUGAAGCUGUCAUUGGCAUUGAAACCCAUGUUCAGAUCUCCACUCUCACCAAAGCAUUCUGUGGUUGCCCUUACAGUUAUGGGUCACCUCCCAAUAGCAGUGUCUGUCCUGUUUGCAUGGGCUUGCCUGGUGCUUUGCCUGUUUUGAACUCCAAGGUUAUUGAUUUUGCUGUCAAGCUGGGCCUUGCUCUUAACUGCAACUUGUCUUUCAACUCCAAGUUUGAUAGGAAGCAAUAUUUCUACCCUGACCUUCCUAAAGGGUAUCAGAUUUCUCAAUUUGAUGUGCCAAUUGCUGCUGGUGGCUACCUUCAUGUGGAUAUUCCAGUGGAGUUUGGUGGAGGCCACAGGAAGUUUGGCAUUACUAGGGUUCACAUGGAAGAGGAUGCAGGGAAGCUCUUACAUACAGAAAAUGGGAAUUACUCUCAGGUUGAUCUAAAUAGGGCAGGGGUGCCUUUGCUUGAGAUAGUUUCUGAGCCUGACAUGAGAAACGGUAUUGAAGCGGCAGAAUAUGCAGCAGAAAUACAGAGAUUGGUACGAUAUUUAGGAGUGAGCAAUGGCAAUAUGCAAGAAGGUUCUCUUCGUUGUGAUGUAAAUGUAUCAAUACGGCCCAUUGGGCAAUCAAAGUUCGGGACAAAGGUUGAAAUAAAAAAUUUGAACUCAUUUUCAGCAGUAAGCAGAGCUAUUGAUUUUGAAAUUGCAAGGCAGGUGCAACUCCAUAGUAAUGGCCAGGAAAAUCAGAUAGUACAGGAAACUUGUCUAUGGGAAGAAGGCUCUCAGAGAACAAUUACAAUGAGGAUAAAGGAAGGGCUCGCUGAUUAUCGGUAUUUUCCCGAACCAGACCUUCCAGCUGUAAUCGUUUCCCAGGAAUAUGUUGAUGGUAUUCGAAAUUCUUUACCAGAGCUUCCAGAAGAAAAGCGUAGAAGAUAUGAGAAGAUGGGCUUAAGCAUGCAAGAUGUUCUUUUCUUGGCUAAUGAUCAAAAUAUUGCAGAAUUUUUUGAUGCUACUCUUGCAAAGGGUACUGAUGCAAAGCUAGUUGCCAACUGGAUAAUGAGUGAUAUUGCUGCCUUCAUGAAAAAUGAGAAGUUGAGCAUAAAUGAAAUAAAGCUUACGCCUGAAGAGUUGUCUGAGUUGAUAGCUUCCAUUAAAGGUGGAAUCAUCAGUGGCAAGAUCGGGAAGGAGAUACUAUUUGAGCUAUUAGCCAAGGGUGGCAGUGUCAAGGAACUCAUAGAGAAAAAGGACUUGGUUCAGAUAGCAGAUCCUGCUGAGAUUGAAAAAAUGGUGGACAAAGUGAUUGCUGAGAAUCCGAAACAAGUAGAGCAAUAUCGAGGAGGGAAAACUAAACUGCAAGGCUUUUUUGCUGGCCAGGUAAUGAAGUUAUCUAAAGGCAAGGCAAAUCCUGGUCUCCUUAACAAGAUCCUCUUGGAGAAAUUGAAUUCAAAGAGCUGAUGCAUGCUACGCGCUUUUUAGUCAUGAGAAUGGCAUAACAUAGAUAUAGACAUACAUUUUCCAAUUCGAUGCAUGGCUUCUUACUGAGUUCAUGGUAAGUGCUGAUCCCUGAUAAUAUCCGGCCAGUAGACAAAUGAAAAAUUAAAAGUGGAAGGUUCUUAUGUUUGCUCAUUGCAAGCUGAGGUGAUCAGUUAUAUUGGCUAAAAUAUUUUAUCCGAUUGUAGAAAUAGAUUCUGAAGGGUUUUCACAUCAACUAUUGAGACUUGGGUGCUCUGUCCUUGUUUUCUUCUGCAGAAGACAUAGCCAUUAUCUGAGGUGAUUUAAAAGGACAUGCAGCUUCCCAACCAUGCAGUUGAUAUCUCCAGUUAAUUGAUGGCUGCAAAAUUUCUUCAUGUAUCUCAAUGUAUUUUGAUUUUAGAAUGAGAAUAAUUUCAUGUUCUCUCUUUUGCUCAAACAAUAACAAGAGUCAAGAGAGCAGAUGUACCUUUUGCACAAUUGGCAGUUUUUGCUCCUACUCUACAUGAAUUCAUCUUCUGAUUAAUUUAAUUGAAGGAAUUACAUGAAACAGUUUUUGUUUUCA